AUGGAGAUACAACGUUUUUUACAUCGAUAUAUGUGGAAAAAGGAUUUUUCCUCCCCCAUAGAAGAAAUUUUAAAUACGGGCGCUAAAGUUUUGGAUAUUGGCUGCGGUGAAGGCACAUGGUUAUCGCAAAUGGCAACAGAAUUUCCAAGAUCAAAUUUCUUAGGAUUAGAUAUAUCUGCUAUUGAUUCAACAAAAUUUUAUCCAGGAAAUCUGUCAUUUAUACAGAACAAUGUUCUCGAUGGGGUUCCUUUCGGUUAG